ACCUGACCACUGCCUAUGAGACAGAUUGGUAAAAUGAGGCCAUUUUUAAGAGCUACCGUUAUUACUUUGCUGUUGCUAAUGUUUUUCUUUCAGGACAGCGUCGGAGAAAAUAAGGCAGAGGAGCCUGAAAGUUUGCAGAGCUUGUUUAUUCAACGGGACAUCUCCGCUGAGAUUAAGUUUCUGAGAGACCUGAUUACUCAGCAAGGACUCAUGUUAGUGGGACUACAGAGAGCAAAUACAGCACAAACAAGUGUGCUGGCAGCUUUGAAGAAUGAGAUGGAUAAUCUGAAGAAAGAAAGUGCAGGAAGAACAAAGGUUGCAUUUUCUGCUGGUAUUGGUCCACCUCAAAGAAUAUUAGGUCCAUUUAAUGUUGAGACAAAUCUGAUCUACAGUAAAGUCCUUACAAAUAUUGGAGAAGCCUACAACUCACAUACAGGAGUCUUCACAGCUCCAGUCAGAGGGGUCUACUAUAUUCGGUUCACAGGCAGCGAGUACGGCAACACCAGCAACAACAUUGGAGUGAACCUGUACAAGAAUGGGCAGAAUCUGCUGCAUUUGGGUGAAAAUGGUUCAGACGGCCUUGCUAAGCAUAUUUCAAGUGGAGUUACUCUGGAACUGGAGGCAGGAGAUGUGGUCUACACUCGCCUCCCAGCAAACUAUGUGCUCUGGGGUGGCUCAGACUUCCGCACUACUUUUAGUGGUUUCCUUAUCUUUCCCAUGUGAAAAAAGAGGCACAACACACACUAACACACCACCAUUGUGUAAGUGUUACUACAGUGCUGAGAAAAGGCGUGGCGGUUGGGGGUGGCACAUUUGCUAAAGUUAAUCAAAGCCCACCUUAUAGUGACAACAUUUGCAGAAUUACAGUUAAUCACAAAAAACAAAAAACAUUUAUUCUGUACUUCUGUUUAUUAUUAAAUCCAACCAAAGACGACUUUACAACCUAAACAUUUUACUCCUGUUACACAUGACAUUUACUGUUGUUAGAUAUGUGCGUGAAAUGUCUGAAUUAUAUACAUAUGAGAAAUACUGAACAGCUAUCAUCUAAUAUUUAAAAUAAUACAUAACAGAUUUGUUUAUUAUUUAUGGUUAUUAUAAUUAUUAUUAGUAUUAUGUAUUGGUAUGUCAGUUCUGUUGUAUACUUACAUUUUCUCCACUCUUUUAAAAAAAAUCUCAGUAGCGUUGGGUGUUUCUUUUCUAAGCUACACUUCUUACGCUGACUCGUAAGAUAUAAGGAAAAAGAAACAUCACCUGCAGCCUUUUCCGAGGGGGCGGUGCUUUCCUGGUGGGGGUGCUGAAUUUGGCACCAUAGUAGUGUCUGAAUCCCCCCCACCACCAUUAAAAGCACCACCUCUUGGUAGUAUGUUCACACCAUCUUCUUGAUAACAGCAGAGGUAAUUGCUUUAGUUAACUUUAAAUAGGAACACGCUCCUGAGAGGGGGUGCUUUUCAUGGCAGGGGUGAAGAUUUUGGUGGGCUUUCAAAAUAAAUGUUUAUUUUAAAACAAUUUCUGCUUUUUCUGUGACACCUAUUUCUGAUAUUGGGUAGCCCCGGUUACUACGCCAGUGGUGCUGCGAAAAAAUGACCCACCACCCAAAUAAUACCUGCUCUGAGGUGGUCUCUCCUGUAGGGUCCUGACCAUAGCAAAAACAGGGAGCUGUCUGUAAUUAUAGCUGUCUAAUUAUAAGUGCUCAUAUAUGAUAAGUGAAGUUGAUAGGAUGGACAGGGGGUGUAGAAACAAGGAGGUGCUGUAAAUGUUAUAAAAUUUUAGCAGCAACAAUCACUACUGUACAGUAACUGUAAGGAUGUCCCCCUGAUGUCACACUACACAUUGACUUUAGUGACAUGGUUUUAAUGUAUACAGUGUAUUAAAUGUUCAAUUUUGAACUUA